CCUAGGGUCCUAGAUCUGCGCUCCUGAAAUUGCAGCCUCCGGUUGUGCAGCGGCUGCUGUAUGAGUAAAAUGAACUUUAACUUUAAAAUUAAGUAACACUUCUCAUAAACAACAGCAAGUAAAAAAAAAAAAAAGAGAAAAAUAAUCUCAUCUCAGUCGAUAUCGCUGGUCCGCGGUGCAAGCGAAAACUAGUUAACUAACAGCGGGAUGAGAAAUGUCCCGUCAUUCAGACAAAUUUCGUCGAUCAGAGUCCGCGAGGAAAAGAAAGCACGAAGAAAGAGUUUUUCACAGCGAUGGGACAGCGAGUAACAAAAGUGAGUCCGAUGACGGUUGGCGAGGUGUACGAUAAACAGCUUAGUACACCCCCAAAACCCAGCACCAACACGGAGCUACAACAUCCUCGUCCCCGCGAUGAGACCCCUGUUGGUGCUGGAGGAGGAGGAGAGGAAAGAGGGGAGGAAGAGGAGAGGAAGGAGGCAGAGAGAGUGAGGGAGAAAAGAAAGAGCAAGAAGUGGUGGUGGGGGCUGUGCUCUUUCUUUAGAGCUGCCAAAAAACACCCAGAGAGCAGCUCAGGUCAGAAAGAGGAGCAGCAGCAGGAUGAGGGACAGAAGAGGAAGGUGGCAUGGGCAGGAAGAAGUAGUGAUGACUACAUCUUCAGCCGUUACACUGUGGGCGAUCAGCUGGGCAAAGGUGGUUUUGGUGUGGUGUAUGAAGGGACACGUCUGCAGGAUAAUCUUAAAGUGGCUUUGAAAUACGUCACAAAGACCCAAAACACAACAUGUAUAUUCAUUCCUGAUCAUCCACAUCCCCUUCCAAAAGAGAUCGCCCUCACCAUCCUGGCGAAUAAAGGUCCCAGUGUGCCGCAAAUAAUCAAGUUACUGGACUGGACGGACCACCCUGACCACUUCGUCAUGGUCCUCGAAUGUCCCUCUCCCUGUGAGAAUCUCGUGGAUUUCAAAAGACGUCACGGUGGAAGCCUUGAUGAGGAAACAACACGGCAGAUCAUGUGGCAGGCGGCUCACGCAGCAAACAUGUGCCACAUCCGCAGAGUGUUCCACCGUGACGUGAAACUAGAGAACAUACUAGUAAACAGGGAGACAUCCGAAGUCAGGCUGAUUGACUUUGGAUGCGGGGACAUUUUGAGGAGGUCACCGUACAGGUCAUACUGUGGCACAGCAGUGUACUCCCCUCCAGAGUAUCACAGCAGGGGGAAGUACUAUGGCGGGCCAGCGACAGUCUGGUCACUAGGGAUGGUGAUGUUCGAAUUGUUGUGUGGACGCUUACCUAGUGACUAUGACCUGUUCCUGCUACACUACAAGCGCUGGUCCAAACCCGGCCUGUCAAAAGAAUGCUGUGACCUCCUCAGGGCUCUCCUGCAUGAGAAGCCAAGCCGGAGACUUGGUCUGGGGCAAAUCAUAUUCCACAAAUGGUUUAAGGUCGUCUCAUAAGACCAUUCAUCUGGUGUCUCUCGUGCAGCUUUGCGUCUUGCAGGCUGCAGCGGGAGACGCUUCCAUCCCUCCUCUCGCCUUUGCGUCUUGCGGGUCGAGCAAGCCUUGUGUAGCGUCUUGCAC